AUGGCAGUAUAUUCCUACCUUAUCCGGCGCCAAGACGGAUCUACAGGCAACGCCGGACGGAUACGACACAAGAAGUGCGACGAGGGGAAACCGGCCUGUCGUCAGUGCCAAGCAGAUAGGGUCGUUUGUGACGACUAUCCACACGUUCCCGCCCAGUCUAUCCCGUUCAAUGCCCCAUUGGCAUCCGAGACGACCCACUGCUCGACCCUGGAGGUCCAGUUCCUCCACCACUUCCGUACCUGCACCUGCACCUGUGUAGACUUGGCGGAAACUCCAGGCGGCAGCGUUUUCUGGACACAUUAUGCGCUACCCCUGGCCCACUGCGACGCGGCUGUGGCAAAGUCCAUCGCGGCAGCCGGUGUCGCACAUCGGAUAUUUAUCCAACGUGAGUCGGGGGGCACGUGGCCGCUGGACCGUGCCGCAUUAUGGUUGUACAAUGACGCCAUCACCUCCACCACUACCAGUUCCUAUCUGAGACCCGAGAGCAUUAUGGUAUGCUGUCUCUUGUUCAUUUGUUACGAGAGCAUGACGGGUCGAUAUGCGGAAUCAAUCCGACAUCUUAAAGGCGGUUUGAAGCUCCUCCCAACUGACGAAAUCCGCGCAGGCAUUCGUGACUCUGACUUCGCAAAGGAGCUCCUCAAUGUCUUCGGUCGUGUCAGUCUAGAGACGGUCUCCGCUUACGAUCAAACACGGCCUUUCCAAGACCUAAUAGAGGCGGAGCAAGCCAUGAAGAAGGUGGAUAUUGACUCCAUCCAAGAUAUACAGUUGUUUUUAAAACAGGAGUCCCCAUACACAGAAACCAACCUUCCCGGUCAAGAGUCGAGGAAAAUAGCCUUGGAUACUCUCAACACUCGCCUUCGGUAUUGGAAUGCCCGUUUCGACCCACUAGUUAAGGAGAUGUGCCGUUGGCCUUUACAAACGGAGGAAUUACAUCGCCUAAAACACUUACGACUCCAACAAACUCAAUGGCUUACUGUUCUCGGUAUUCACCUCCAAGACCAGACGUUCGUUGACAAAUCCUGCGCAACGUAUUUGACUUUAAUCGAAGGGAUGGUGCAAUCGCUUAUUUCACGACAAAGACGAACGUUCUCCAUAGACGGUGUCCUCAUCUCCGGAUUAUCUCUUGUUGUGUCCUCCACAUCUCGCCCCGAUCUCCAGAGAUAUGCAUGUCUACUUCUAAAUUCGCUAGACAGACGGGAAGGUCUAUGGGAUAGUCGCGAAAUUCUAGAACUACAUCAAGUUACGCUUUCACAAGACGAUCCUCGCAGCUGGUAUGCCCUACUUGUGUCAGGUGGCAUUCCCGCGUACAUGAAGAGCUUGUCUCUGGUUUCCAGUCUCAUAACUCCCGACAACUCUCUUUUACAGACCUAUUUCGGUCACUAUGAUGAUAAUCUUCCGUCUGUUAAUGAGAGCAUUCCAGACCUGUCGAUCGCUGCUGUCAAAGUCUUCUCAUCCCCAUCAUCAUUAGCACCCCGCCCCGAGAAACCUCUAGGAAUCCUCCUCACCAUGCUGCCUCCGUCCGCCGACUCGAACGAUGGACUCCCUUGGCAGAUCCUGGCCGAGGGACUGGGCUUCGACAACCGCGACCAUGAGCUAUGGUGGCUCAAUACCGCUGAAAGCCUCAACCGGGUGAUGAUUCAGUGCGGCUAUAGCGUCGACAUGCAGUACAAAUAUCUCUCCUUCUUCCACCGCCACGUGGUCGCCCGGCUGGGAACCUUCCGGCGCCCCGGGGUCGAACCAGACUUCAUCUGCGGUCUGUCGCACGGAGGACACCCGUUUGAGAUCAGUGUCAAAAUGGACAGCACCGCGGCCACCUGUAGGGUGGGCUUCAGCCCCAUCGGACCGUUCGCGGGAACGACACGCGACCCUCUAAACAGGGACAGCAAUCGCGAAAUGCUGGCGCAGCUGUCGACCAUGCUCCCGCAGAUUGACCUGCGGUGGUUCGAUCAUUUCCAUGGCCAGUUUGCCCUCGAUCACGAGCAACAGAAAGCCGUCACGAGCAAACUUCUUCGAGAGUCCCACGGAGUCGAGAGCCUAUCGAUCGACUUCAAAAACAACGACAUGGUGCCUAAGGCAUACUUCUACCCCAUCCCUGUCCAUAUCGGGUCGGGGAAGUCGCUAUUCGACUUAGGCUUCGGCGCGCUGGAGAGUUUGGAAAUGACCCGGGAGGAUGCCGGGUUAAAGUCGGCCGUGGCAGUGUUUAAGGAGUUUCUCAAGCCACGCGUACCCGCGGAGGGUACCAUGAAUGGAUCCCUGUUGGGCAUGGUCGGCAUCGACUGUCUCGAGUCGAGUAAGUCGCGGUUGAAACUGUACCUCGCCAAUUUCCGCAUGGACCUUGCCACAAUUCGCGAGUACUGGACCAUCGGCGGUGCGAUGAGUGAUGAGACCACGACGAAAGGACUUGAGUUGGCAGAAACGCUGGCCAAACGUUUGAACCUGGGUGACAAGGCCUGUGAGACAAUCGACCCGGAACGGUUGCCUUUCAUGUUGAACUACGAAGUGCGGCCUGGGAGCUCGGCGAUCAAGCCCCAAAUCUACUUCCCCCUGCUCGGAGUGAAUGACGAGUUCAUCGCGGAUGCAUUGAUGGAUUUCUUCAAGGUUCUGGGCUGGACGCAUUCAGCGACCCAUUACAAGGAGGAGCUGCGACAACGAUUCCCCCGACAAGACCUCUCGCAGACGAAGAACGUGCAGCGAUGGCUGGGAUUCUCCUACUCGGAGAAGAACGGACCGACGGUGAAUAUCUAUUAUGACGCUGUCGCAGGGAAUGUUGUCAAGGCUUGA